AUGAGCCAUGAUAUUUCCCCCACCUUGAGCCUUUUGUAUGCACUCCAGGUCACUGUGAAGCUACACGUGUUGACCCCCAGCACCCCCAAGGCGGCAGAAGUUUCUGCGCCAGCUAAGAGCCCCACAGGGGGCCCGCAACUGGAGCAGCUGGAGCACUGCGCCAAAGAGCCCUCGAGAAAGCGCCAGAGGCAUGCAGCAGGGGAAACAUGUGCCCAUAGGCCCCAAAGGCCUCGGGGAGUGGCUCGCUGCGAAGGAACUGGCAGAAGGAAGUCCCUUCAGGGGGCACCUGAGCGCCUUGCGGGUGCAGCUGCUGCUGCUGCCCCGCCGGCAGCCGCAGCAGCAACUCCCCCCACUCCCACAGCAGCAGCAGCAGCAGCAGCAGAAGCUCUUGAACAUCACCAGCCGGAAGCUGCUGAAGCAGAAAGCGAAGAAAACGUGCAGCCAGAAGACUCUGUCUCAGGCUCUGAGCACCUCAGCGCGGCCGCUGGAGAUUCUGCUGCCCUAGAAAAUGGCCGCAGCAGAAAUGGCCGCAGCAGCGGUGCUGCUUCCCCCACGGACUCCCCUGCUAUAUCUUUGCAGCUCGAUAGUGGCUGCCAAGGCCAGCACUACGCAGUGCCUCUCUCCAGCCUCAGGCGCGCUCUCUUCCUUUGCCUCCGAGACUUGCGCUCGGCAAACGGAGGGAACUCUCCAGCUGCCCCUGGGGGCGCGGGGGCCUCAGGAGGGGCCCCCGGGAUCUCAGGAGGGGCCCCCGGGGCCUUAGGAGGGGCCCCCGGGGCCUUAGGAGGGGCCGCCGGGGCCUCUGGAGGGGCCCCCGGGGCCUCCGGGGCCUCAGGAGGGGCUCCCGGGGCCCCGGGCGAGGCUGCAGCCCCAGCUGCGCCGGCGUCAGCGCCAGUUCGUUUUUCCAGCCAUGUUCUGAAUGUCAUAGAGGCAAACGAUGCUGCUGAUUUGUCUCCUUAUGUGGAGAUCUUCUCCGUUUGUCUGAACUUGGGAGUUUCGCCGCGGUGUCUCUCUCCAGAGGCGCAGCAGCUGAUGGUGGACUGCCUUGCUGCACUCGAUGCUGCUGGCUACAGCGUACACGCCCGCCGCAUCUUCUCCGAGUACCACAGAGUCCUCAAGACUCUGAGGCGCAGGGAUCUGCUGCUGGCUCCGCUGUGGGGCGGCAGCGGUAGCAGCAGCAGCAAAGGAGCUUGCGCGUCUUCUUUGUCUCAGGCGCUCGCAAAGUUGGGGCCAGAGGACGCCAGGUUGGCGGACUUGUGGGUGGCGGCAUACUUGGAUGACCCAGCGAGAGAGGGCGGCCCACUGGGGAGGCCCAGCAGCAGCAGCAGCAGUAGCAGUUUCAGCACGGGCAGACCGCACGAGUACUUGCUCCACUGCAAGGGCAUCAUCUUAAUGCAGCUGCGCUCGCUGCGCCGGCUGGCUCCGGUCUGGGCCUCGCGAGACCGGGCCUACCAGUACCAUCUGGAGGCAGUCUUGAGGGCGCAGAGGCCGACAGAGCUGAUGCCCUACUUGGCCGUUUUGUCUUCACUAGAGGCGGACCCCGAGGGCAGAUAUCCAGUCUCUGCAGCUUCUCUUCUUGAGUGUCUCCGCGAGCUGCACAUCCCGCAGCGCAUGGACCUGCAGGAGGGCCUGACGGGGCCCCUGCCGGUGACGCAGGGGGAGCUGCUGCAGUGCCUGGCUGCUGCCCACAGCCGCCGCACUGCGGAGCAGGCGGGGGGGGGCCCCCUGGGGCCCACAGGCCGCAAGUAUGCAGCUCGGGCUGUUUCCUCUUUGCCCACGUUGUCCACGCGGGGCCAGAGACACAAGCUGGUGUCGGCGCAGCUGGAGGCGGAGAUCACUUUGAAUCUGCAGCGCGUGGCUUCGAGGGCCUCCGAGGGUCUCUUCUCUUCUGCUGCAGACCCGCGGGAACGGCUCGCGGAGGCCGUGGGAGACCCCUCGCUGCUCUAUGCUGGCGAGCUGCUGGAGGUGGCGGAGGGGGACAACGGCAGUCCCCAGACUGCAGCGCAGCAGUGCGCCUUCAUCGAGCUGCAGCGCCUGAGCCAGUACUGGGCGGAGGGCAUGUUCCCGGAUGCCUGUGGCGACGAAGGCACAGCAGCAGCAGCAGCAGCAGCCCACCCCACAGGCCUUUCUUCUCCGCCCAGCCCCCCCCACUCCGUGGUCUCAGCCCCGGGGAGGGCCCCCGCGCCCUGCAGACUCACCCGGACGCGCAGCACCCCCUGCCCCUUCCCCGCUGCCGCUGAGGCCCCCAGCGGCCCCGACCCGCUGCAGCCCCUCUUCACCCCUCCUCUGGGGGGCAAAGCUGGAGAGGCCUGCACAAAGCAGACUGGCUAG